AUGAGUUCCUCAGCAGAAGAACAAGGUGUUGUUGUUGCGGUGCCCGAACCACCGAGAGGGAAUAGAAGCCGAUAUGCUUUUGCUUGUGCAAUCUUAGCCUCCAUGACUUCUAUCAUUCUUGGUUACGAUAUUGGAGUGAUGAGUGGAGCUGCAAUUUUCAUAAAAGAUGAUUUGAAAUUGUCUGACGUACAACUUGAGAUUCUGAUGGGGAUUCUGAAUAUCUACUCUUUGAUCGGUUCAGGCGCGGCCGGUAGAACUUCCGAUUGGCUCGGAAGACGAUAUACCAUAGUGUUAGCCGGAGCAUUCUUCUUUUGUGGUGCCCUUCUCAUGGGGUUUGCCACAAACUAUCCUUUCAUUAUGGUUGGUCGUUUUGUAGCUGGUAUUGGUGUCGGUUAUGCUAUGAUGAUUGCGCCUGUUUACACUGCAGAAGUGGCUCCUGCCUCUUCCCGAGGAUUCCUUAGCUCUUUCCCUGAGAUUUUUAUCAACAUUGGUAUACUUUUGGGAUAUGUAUCCAAUUACUUCUUCUCCAAGCUUCCCGAGCAUCUUGGUUGGAGGUUUAUGUUAGGGGUUGGAGCGGUUCCCUCGGUAUUCCUAGCUAUUGGAGUGUUGGCAAUGCCAGAGUCUCCACGGUGGCUUGUCCUCCAAGGUCGUCUUGGGGAUGCUUUUAAAGUUCUCGACAAAACCUCAAACACUAAAGAAGAAGCCAUCUCAAGGCUUAAUGACAUCAAACGUGCGACGGGAAUCCCUGAUGAUAUGACAGACGAUGUUAUAGUUGUCCCGAACAAGAAGUCUGCCGGUAAAGGCGUGUGGAAGGACCUUCUUGUCCGACCAACCCCGUCGGUUAGACACAUCCUUAUAGCUUGUCUUGGCAUCCAUUUCGCCCAGCAAGCCUCUGGAAUCGAUGCGGUGGUGCUUUACUCUCCCACCAUCUUCUCAAAGGCUGGACUAAAGUCCAAGAAUGACCAGCUUUUGGCUACGGUCGCAGUAGGAGUUGUCAAGACCCUCUUUAUCGUGGUAGGGACUUGUGUGGUUGAUCGGUUUGGACGUCGUGCCUUGUUGCUUACGAGUAUGGGCGGAAUGUUCAUUUCCUUGACGGCACUCGGAACUAGUCUCACAGUAAUUGACAGGAACCCUGGACAAACUCUUAAGUGGGCUAUAGGGCUUAGCGUUACGACAGUGAUGUCUUUUGUGGCAACAUUUUCAAUAGGUGCAGGCCCCGUAACAUGGGUAUACUGCUCAGAGAUAUUCCCCGUGAGGCUAAGAGCUCAAGGGGCAAGUUUGGGAGUGAUGUUGAAUAGACUAAUGAGUGGUAUUAUCGGAAUGACAUUCCUAUCUCUUUCUAAGGGUCUCACCAUCGGUGGUGCGUUCCUUCUCUUCGCCGGGGUUUCUGCUGCCGCUUGGGUCUUCUUCUUCACUUUCCUUCCGGAGACUCGUGGUGUGGCUUUAGAAGAAAUGGAGAGUCUCUUCGGUAGCUAUAGCGCAAACAAAAAGAACAAUGUUAUGAGCAAGGACAGAGAAGUUGCUGAUGAACAAUGA